AUGGGCGAAGCAGCAGUACCGCCUGAGCUAGACACCGAUCCAGCAGCAAAGAUGGCUCAGACGAACCCUCUGCCUGUUCCCAUGGGCCCGUGGAAGAUCACCGUGUAUGACCAAGAAAACUUCCAGGGCAAGAGGAUGGAGUUCACUUCGGCCUGUCCAAACAUCAUGGAAUGUGGCUUCGACAACAUCCGCUCGCUGAAGGUGGAAUGUGGCGCCUGGGUGGGUUACGAGCACACCGGCUUCUGCGGGCAGCAGUUCAUCCUGGAGAGGGGAGAGUACCCGCGCUGGGACGCCUGGAGCGGCAGCAACGCCUACCACAUCGAGCGCCUGAUGUCCUUCCGCCCCGUCUGCUCCGCCAAUCACAAGGAAUCCAAGAUCACCAUUUUUGAGAAAGACAACUUCAUCGGCCGCCAGUGGGAGAUUGCUGAUGACUACCCCUCGCUGCAGGCCAUGGGCUGGGCCAACAACGAAGUGGGCUCCAUGAAGAUCCAGUGCGGCGCCUGGGUGUGCUACCAGUAUCCCGGGUACCGUGGCUACCAGUACGUGCUGGAGUUUGACCACCACGGUGGAGACUACAAGCACUGGAGAGAGUGGGGCUCGCACGCCCAGACCUCCCAGAUCCAAUCCAUCAGGCGUGUCCAGCAGUAGCUCCCCACUUUGCCAGUACAUCUCUGCAAGGUUUCGAAGGCUCACCAGC